UGGUCCUCAGAGUCCAACGGCUGUCGUCGUCUGAGCUCAAGGCCCAAGAAUGCGCAGCUGGUCUUCACAGCAUCGCGGCAACGCGGCACCUGUUAUUGGGCAGGCGCUGGCAACCAGAAAAUGACAAAGAACGCAGCUCGUAUGGUUUGCGUCAAUCGCUUCACUGUAGCGAAGGUAUAAAGGGAGCCCAAGUUGAGAACACUCUUUCAGCUUUUUCCUCAUACACACCACUUGAUCUGGACCUGAACCUCAUCUCUCACACCAUAAACACCGUUCAUGUCUAAGAUGCAGCUCCUUACUCCCACCUUACUCCUUGCCCUGGCUCUUGCCGCCACAGCUCAUCCGCACCACUCCGUGUCGAAGCGUGAGCUUGCUCACAUGCGUCGAGCCGAUGAAGCUCUUCAAGCUCGUGCAGCCCAUUGUUCCCACAAGAGUAGAGCUUAUAAGGAAGCUAGAAAGCUUCAUAGUCGGCGCGGACUAGGCAACGCAAGCAUCCGUAGCGUGAUGGACGAGCACUUCGGCGACCUUCUGCAGAAGCGCGUCGAACCUCAUAUGAACCCAAUCACGCAAAAUGACACUUGCGUUCUUAGCCCAGAGAUGACCGAAGGUCCUUACUAUGUCGUUGGCGAACUGAUCCGUCAGAACAUCACCGAAGGUCAAGCAGGCGCCGCUCUCCAUCUCAACAUGGGCUUUCUCGACAUCGAAACCUGCCAACCGGUGCCCAACGUCUAUGUAGAAUUCUGGCACGCAAACUCGACAGGCUACUAUUCUGGUUACACGGCCAGCAACCCAGGUGGUGGAGGUGGCGAAUCCAGCCCUGGGACCAGCGCCUCGGACUCCUCAAGUGCUCUUUCCGCAUCAGGCAGCUCCUCUCAAACCAUCUUCUCUGCCACUGGCUCACAAUCGGCGUCUGCGUCUGCAGCGAGUGGCAUGCCUUCGGGCACGCCGCCGUCCGGCAGCGGUAACACUACCUCAAGCUCUGGAGCACCAGGCGGAUCUGGAUCUAGCGGUGGGCCUGGCUCUUCCUCAGGACCCACCGACAACACCUCCUUUUUACGUGGCAUCUGGCCAACCAACGAGGAUGGAGUCGUAGAGAUCUACACGCUCUUCCCAGGUCAUUACUCGGGACGCGCGGUUCACGUGCACUACAAGGUCCACGCAAACGUGACUCUCAACGCCAACGCCACCAUCCAGAGCAACACUCUGCUUCACACUGGCCAGCUCUUCAUUAGCGAAGACGAGACUCAGGCGUAUCUUCAGAAUGCGGCGUAUGCUUCGAACACGGGUACAAGGACAACGAACGAUGAGGACAACAUUCUAGAGGCGACUGCCAAUUCGGGUGCAAGCUCCAUGCUCGAUAUCGAAGCUUUCGAUGGAUCUGACAUUGCCAACGGGGCUUGGGGUUGGAUCACAAUCGGAGUGAAUGCCUCUGCCGUUGCAUCGGGCGCUGUAGCAGGUAACAGCGUGGACACGACCAACAUUACGACUUCUCGAGACUCGACGCAGGAGCAGGCAGCACUCUCAGCCCUCUCGGCGGACUCGGACUCGGUCGCUACCAGCAUCGCUGGCGCCAUUGCUGCAGCUCCAACUUCCAGCUCCGAAGAGGCUUCUUCUGGCCAGGCGGACUCUGCCAGACGCUCUCUUCAUCUCGGUAUGUGGAGGGCCCUUGGCUUCGGCCGUCGUUAGAGCUUGCCCACUUGAGGAUGCGGGCGGCUACUGUGCCGCGCGAAAGUUGCGUGGAUAUUCAGAUCCGUCGCAUCAUUCGA